AGACAGCUCCCUACAAGCACGUUCAUGCAAACUCUGUUUGGAUUUCAGCCUGUGCAGUGAGGCAACGUGAUAAUGAUGAAAAACUUUGGUUUUCUGAUAUGGACUCUGGCAGCCCUGUCAGCAGCUGAAGCAGACUUGUUGAGUGAAGGAGGGCGAUGGAGGAGUUCUAUUUUCUCUUCCUCCUCUUCAUUCUCCUCUUCCCUUGAAAGUUCAGGUGAGAAUCUCUGCAUUCCUCAGGGCUCUUUGGUGCUGUUGAGUUCAGGCUGUAUUGAGCAUGAGGGGCUGUUUCAUUUGUUAGGUGAGAUCUGCCUCAAUGGAGGCAGAUCUGUCCCAUCCUUGACUGGUGAACACCUGUUUUGUUUGUGUGCCGACGGUUUUUUGGGAAGACGCUGUGAAACAGAAAAAGGUGUUCACUGCCACGAGGGCUUAGGAUUGUUCUACAGAGGCACGGUGUCCACAUCAGCGAGUGGACGGACAUGUGAGGAGUGGAAAGUGAGCGUCAGGGGGACAUACAUGUCUUCAGAUGUCAAUUCAGGGAGGCACAACUACUGCAGAAAUCUUUUCUACAGACGGCGUCCGUGGUGUUACGUUCGGAGAAACCAGCAGCUUGUGAAGGAGUAUUGUGAUGUUCCACGUUGUGGCUUAGAGUCAUCUGCACCCAGAGAGCCACAGCCAGCUGCAGAGUCCACAUGUGGCCAACGCACCAGAAGAAAGCAGAUGAAGAUCGUGGGUGGAACAGUUGCCACAGUGGAAUCCCACCCGUGGAUCGCUGCCAUAUUUUGGCAGAGCAAAUCCAAGGAGAAGGUUUUCCGCUGUGGAGGAAGUCUGAUCUCAGCCUGCUGGGUGCUCACAGCCGCCCACUGCUUCCCCGACGGCUCCCAGACCAAAGCGCGCCGCUUCUCCAUCACCCUGGGGAAAAAUGCUCUGAAUGAGACCGACCUGACUGUGGAGCAAACGUUCAGGGUGGAGGAAAUCAUCAUCCAUGAAGGGUUUGACAACAGCGAGGGCAACUUCAAUAAUGACAUCGCCCUGCUGAAGCUGAGGGCCAGACACGGUAGGUGUGCGGAGGAGAGUAACUGGGUGAAGACCGUCUGCCUGCCGCCGCCUCAGCAGAGCCUCCAGCCUGGUGUCACCUGUGAGAUCGCUGGAUAUGGGAAAGAGAAACACGGUUUGUGGUACAGGUCUCAGUACCUCAGAGAGGCUCAGGUGAACCUCCUCACUGACAAUAUGUGUCGACACGAAGACUAUUACGGAAACAUGAUCACUGAUAACAUGUUUUGUGCUGGUCGUCCCGACUGGAGCCAAGAUGCCUGCGAGGGAGACUCAGGAGGGCCCCUGGUGUGCGAGGUCAACAACACGCUCUUCCAGUUUGGAGUAAUCAGCUGGGGGGAUGGCUGCGCAAAGGAGCUUCGACCCGGCGUUUACACCAGAGUCACCAAUUAUAACCGAUGGAUAGAAGAGAAGACAGGUCUGACAUCCAUCGCUGCUGGAGCUGUGCUCCCUCAGGACUGAACAUUUGAGCCGAGGACACAAACUGUAAAGUAAAAUCUGUGGUUUUGUGUCUCAUUACCACUGCUUCCAUUUCUCUGGAUGUUGGGAAAACAUUAUGAGCAAACUGUCGUGUUCUUAGUACAGAUGCAGACUUUAUUAUUUUCUCAAUAUAUAACUUUAUUAAGGAUAAGAGCCAGUUUAAAAUCAUUUGUACAGAAUCACAUCAUAGGCCAUGAUGUGUCCUUCAUUAUUUUGUACAUCUUUGAUAUUUUGUAUGUUUUAUAUUUUUGUAUGUUGUUUUAGACCAAAGCUUCAACGGAAACAUCUGUUUAACAAAUUAAAAUGUUGAUCAGUUAGAAGCUGA